GAUUCCUGGAUGUGUGUGUGUGUGAAUGUGUAGAGGGCGCUCCUUUCCCCUCUCUGCUGGGGGGAAGUGUCUUCAGUCCGGGCCAAAGGCUCAUCCAGCUUUGCUGUCUUGGUGGUGUUUGGGGAGGCUGCGAGGAUGCUGAGCCUCCAAGGGAUGGUGUGCCUGGCACUGAUGUGCCUGCCUGCAGCCUGGCUGGCCAGCGCCAGCAGCUGCCAGGGGCCUUCUCUCCUUCCAGGGAUCCCUGGUAGGCCGGGGCCCCCAGGUACCAACGGCCAAGAUGGAGUCGACGGGCUCAAGGGCGAACGAGGCCCUCCCGGGAUGUCUGAUGACGCCAGGGACGUUGGGGAGAAAGGAGACCCCGGAGAGGAUGGGCAUCCUGGAAAAGUUGGCCCCAAAGGCCCAGGAGGAUCCAAAGGUCCGCCUGGCCCACCCGGCCCCCACGGCCCCAAAGGAGAAUCCGGGGACUACAAGACCACUCUCAAGUCAGCCUUCUCAGCAGCCAGGGGGCUCACCAUGUCACCGCAGCGUAGGCAGCCCGUCCGAUUCGACCGUGUCCUCGUCAACGUGAACCGUCACUACGAGAACCGCUACGGCCGCUUCACUUGCGAGAUGCCGGGCAUCUAUUACUUCACCUACCACGUCACUUCCCGGGGCAACCUCUGCGUCCACAUCAAGAAAGGACAGGGCAGCCGAGGAGAGAAGGUGGUGGGGUUCUGCGACUACGUUCACAACACGUUCCAAGUCACCACGGGGGGCGUGGUGCUCCGUCUGGCAGCAGGCGAGUCUGUCUGGCUGGAGCCAACCGAGAAGAACUCGCUGAUCGGGGGGACGGAAGGAGCCGACAGCAUCUUCUCCGGCUUCCUGCUCUUUCCUGACGCCUGAGGGCAUCCCAGACCGUGCACGUUUCUUGCUCUCUCUGUAGUUGACCUGGUGUUAUCUCCUGGAAGAUGUUGGUCAGCUCUAGAACUCAGGGCCUUUGAGCUUCAGCACCUGCCACCUAUCCAGGAUGCCCCCAACUCUUGUUCAUUCCCACCUGCUCCCAACCAUCCCGCUUGCCCUGUAGCAUCAGGCCUGUCUGCAAAAUAAAUAAACGUAUGCUCUGAAGAACAAA